AUGCAACACGCUAGCCGUUCUCUAGAAAAAGUUAGCAGAGCUAUGGAAGUUGCAUUGAAAUCUAUGAAUCUUGAAGAAUUAUGCAAAGUAUUGGAUAAAUUUGAACAAGAAUGUUUAGAUUUAGAUGUGCAAACCAUGACAAUGGAUACGUCAAUGAUGCAGGCAUCUAGUUUUGCACCUCAAGACCAAAUUGACAGAUUUAUGCACCAACUUGCAGAUGAAGCAGGAUUAGAUAUUAAUUUGGAAAUGCCAUCCACAAGAGCUAGUAUUCCUGUACAAGACAGUCAAGAGAAAGAUUUAGAUCGUCGCUUUGGUGCACUACGUAAUAAAUGA